ACCCAUCAAUACACAUCAGAGUACUUCGUAGAGAGUGCAGGCACGAUUCUCUUCAGACUCUCAACUCGCCAGAUUUGCUUGGUCAAGCACCAUAAGCGCAAUGAGUACCUCCUACCAAAGGGCAGAAGAAAUGUCGGCGAGAGCCGCCAGGAGACGGCAGUACGCGAGACACGGGAAGAAACAGGCUUCCCGACCAAAUUACUGCCAGUGACUUUUCGGACCCAUUGUACUCCAAACGUGGAGGAGACCGAAUUUACGCCGGACAAACCACGCAGGUUUGAGAACAUCGUCGAGCCGUUUAUGGUUGGGCACCGAGUCAUCCCAAAUGCUGGCGUUAAGCUUAUUUGGUGGUAUAUUGGAGCCAUUGAUGAGGAAGCUGUUUGUGGGAAGGGAGAAGAACAGUUCUCGGCAGAGCUGUUCAGCUUCGACGAGGCUCUCAAAGCUUUGCAUUAUCAGCAGGAUCGAGAUGUUGUGGCCCGAGCAAUCGAGGUCUUUGAG